UAAAAUUUAAACUAAUGAAAGCAAUAAUGUUAAUUGUCUUAACACUCUUAGUGUUAGGGAAUUCUUAAUCAAUGGACAUCCAUGUUAAAGAUGUCUAUUUAAUUGUUAAAGGAGUUGUGGAAGGUGUAUAAGUAGAUGAUCAUGUUGAAGUAAAAGAGAUUGUUUCUUGUUUGAAUGACUCUGAAGAAUUAAUAAAUAAUAUUGUGAAGGCUAUUACAAAUUUAGAAACUCAAACAUUUGAUGGAGUUAAGGAAGGAAUAAAAUUAAUAGGAGUAGCUAUUCAAUAAAUUCCAGAUGCAAUCACUGCAUGUUAAUCUGGAUCUGAAGAGAUGGUAGCAUUAUCAAGUAUAUAAUUAUAAUAAUAAUUAGAACUUCUAACAAAUAUGCUUGAACAAUUAAGAAACCCUUGGACAUUUUCUUUUAAAAUUGGUUAUAAUUUAAUUGUUAAUGGAUUGGACAUUUAUUAAGAAAUUAGUAAUUAAUAAAAAUUAAUCCUAGGUACUGCUAUAAAAGACUGGAAAUCAGAAAUUUAUGAAGAUUUUGGUAAAUAGAUUGGAUUUGUACUUGUUUAAUUGCUUAAGGAAACUAAAAAUACAGAGGCUCUUAUUUUUGAUUAUGAAGUUGUUGGAAUAAUAUUCGAAGGAUUACUUGAUGGAAUAGUAGAUGCAAGUGGAAUUAAAGCAGAUGACAUUAAAUCUUGUUUAAAUUUUGCUGAUGUCAUUGUGAUAGAUUUUGAAAAAGCUGUUAGACUUUUAGAAAAUGGAUCUGUUUCAAGUGUUAUAUAGGCUUUAUAAUCAUUUGUGGAAGGUCUCUCUGAAUUUCCAAAAGCACUUGAAAUUUGUUAAUCUAGUUCUUAAGAAGCUUUAAAGUUAGCUGAAAAAAUUAAGGAGUUAAUUGAGGCAUUAUCAAAUCCAACUUCAUUCAUAUAUCACAUUGGAAAAGAUUUGAUUAUUAAUGGAAAGGAUAUCUAUUAAGAAGUAUUACUAAUUAUAAGUAUUUUUAGAUUUUUGCAGCUGUGGAAGAUUGGAAAUAUGGAAAUUGGAAUGAUUUUGGUUUCUAAUUAGGUAAGGCAAUGGAAUAAAUUUUCAUUGGACAAAAAUAAGAGAUAUUAUUAUAUCAACUAUGAAAUAUAUUUAUUUCAUACUAAUUAUAAAA